AUGAGUUGGCUGUUAUUUGCCUAUCCAGUACUUAUCCUGGCUUUGAUGGGCGUCGCUCUCUAUGAGCACACCAACAGUGUCACCUUGUCCCUCCCACUCUCCCCAGUCCUGACCUUCCUGACAAUCCUGCUCCCCCUGAUCGCCGCAGCAAACGCAACGGCCCUUCCGUACCUGCUCCGCGAGAAGGCGCGCUCCCCUCGCCGGCUGCUGGUCAAGCUCGCACACCCAGCUGUCUCUCAGGGCCUGCAGGGCAUCAUAACAGUCGUCCUCGCCACCCUGUACACCACCUACAUCGUGCCGGGCGCAACCCGGGACUGUGGCCUGUCGAGCGUCUGGGAACAUCUCUUCCGCACUAAGGACGCCCAGUCUGUUAAAGCGAUUCAAGACGCUUUCGAGUGCUGUGGCUUCCGCAGCGUCAAGGACAUGGCGUGGCCCUUUACCCCUGUCGACAUCGCGUGCGCGCAGCGCUUCGAUAGGACGCUGCCAUGCCGGGGCCCUUGGACAAGUGCCUUACAGAGAAGCGCCGGCGUGGAAUUUGGAGUUAUCAUCAUAGUUGCCAUUCUCCAGAUCGCAAGUCUCGUCUUCCCGCAACAUUUCGCUGCCCGGUUCGAUGAGUCCUCGUGGCGCCGUUUCUUUGGAGGCCGUAGGUCCCACGGCUCUGCUACGGGCCCCUCGCCCAGUCGGCCCCUGAUCACCGGCGGCGAGGCGUCGGCCGAAGAGGCUGAUGAGGAGGUGGGGCAUGCGGGCCAGACUAAUGGCUAUCACUAUGGGGCUCUUGAUGAGCGAAAUGGUGAUGGGCCGAGGAUCGAGCCAUCGAGCCUGCGUCAGGACGGCAACGAAUGGCGAGACGAGUGA